UCUGUUAGUCCUGCGAUACCUCAACUCCAGUAGCGAGAGGGGCGAACCGCGACGGAGAUGUCGGAAAGCCCACUAUUGAGGAGGGCGCAGGUGUACACUGCACCGUGGCUAGGAGGCGCCUCGGGGAUGCGAGGCACCAGGGGGGGAUUGAGCACGACGCUGGCGGGAAAGGUCAGCGUAGUGGCGGUCGAGGGCGAUAGUGUAAGGGCACCGCGAGGAGGUAUGACCGUCCAAGCGGCAGCGCAAACACCCACGUCGGCCCAAAAUAGCCGCGCGCUCCUCAGCGGAAAGGACACCGCGAGGAGGAACAAAGCCCUGAGGGAGGUCUUGCUGAGGGACCUCGGGGGGCGACGCGCCAGCGUGACCAGGGCGGCUGCGUGCCCGGGAAAGGGUGGAGAGGAUAAGUUGGAGGCGCUCAGCCAUAGGGAGAGUAGGGUCCUCCAGGUGGUGUUGGACGGCAUCGCUGAGGUCGAGGUCAUCGCUAUGAUCACCCGCUGGCGACAGCGGGGCACCAGCGUCCUGCUCACCAUACUCGAUCGCGCUGAAGCGGCGCGAGAAGUGGCGACCCUGCUGCGUGGAACGGCGGGGGCGACUGCGGAAAGGCGAACGGCGCUGGGAAGUGCCAUGAGAGGAGGAGGCGUAACCCGUGCGCUGAGGCUGGGAGGAGGAGGCGGGGUGAAGACGGACUCGCAUCUGCUCAUGGUUCCUGGCGGCCUCGCAAGCCUGCGGGGCCAAUGUGAACUCAGAACGGAUACGGAAGGAGAGUUGUUGGGGAUUCUAUUCGGAAAGGUGAGGGACGGCCACGUAGAGCCAAUCACGAGUGAAGUUUUGGUGUUCCUGGCGCAGCUCCUGGACGAUCUCCCUCUAAAUAUCAUUUCACGUUGUAACGAGCGGCCCACACCGGCGACACUCACCCGUACGUUGGUACCUCAUCUGUUGUGGUCCACGAGUACGGAGUUCGAUCGAGAUAACUCCUACUACCCCUCCUCGGGCCACUAUCUGGUCAUUGACGUGACCGAUCUCACCUUGUGGGAUCUGAUCACUCGAAGGGUGGAAGCAGAAGAAGAGGUAAACGAAGAGGAGGAAGAGAGAGAGGAGGUGAGCAAAGAAGAAGAAGAAAACUCGGGGGCGGAAUCUGAGGACCUUCAUUACCACGAGUCUGAGGAGGGCGAGCUGGAAGGAAGUGACUCGGGUGGAUCGGACAGCUCCAACGGACGGAGUGAGGAGGAAGACGAAGCCGCAGCCCAGAAGAGGCGGGAAAGGGCAAAAGGAAAGUGGCCGGUGGAAGAUUCGGACGAACCUGUGGCGUGGCUACUACAAAGCGAUCCGGCGCGCAAUCCAGAGUCACCACAAGAGGAGCCCGGAGAAGAUUGCGUCACCACCGCGGAGGGAUACAGAAGCCGACGCUGUAGAAGAAGUCCUUCGCCGACUCAAUCCUCUCCACCACCACGGCCCACCGUUCGCAUACGUGGAGAUGCGGGCGCCUAGGCUUCGUCCCCGGUCGUUAUCCCGCCGUCCCCUUGAUUACCUCACCAUCCAUCAGCUCGUGGGCCGCCCUCCGUUCCCUUCUAACUUGCAUCCUUUCCCACCUUCCCUCUUCCACCAACUCUAUUCUACCCGCCUCAUUGCCACCGUUUUCCUGCACGCCACCACUCAUUCUCUCGUAAUUUUUUUUCCCCUUCGCAUCCUUCUCUUUGGCGCGGCAUGGCAGGAAUAUAAUAAUAUAGAGGUUUAUUGCAUAAUCGCGGGUACCAUCCCCGCAUGCGAAGAGCAUGAGAAUU